AUGGGUCGUGGCUCUGCCGCCCCUUUUGCUCCGAGCCAAAACUCCGGCGGUGAAGAUUGCCGACAUCCGCCCCGGGGCCGCCGGCGAGUACCCACGUGGCCCGUCGACCAAAAUCACAUCCCAAGGGACCUGGUAUAUGUGGUUCGGCAAGUCGUUGAUCCCAAUCUUGCAGUCCGAGAACAGCAGAUUCUGGACCGGCCGGCACUCGUUUUUGACUUGGCUUCUGGUCGUCGAGAGCAAUUGUUUAUUAUCUUUGACCUGGGUCGUGUACGACACGUCGUAUGCUUCGGGGGUGUGGUGAGGAUGGGACUGUUCGAACCUGGAGACCAAGAACUCGCUCUCGUCGAGGAAGACGGUGCGGCCGUUGUGAUUGAGGGCGAGGUAGAGGAGGGACUCGUGGGUGAGCCCAAAAAUGAGGAAAUUGCAGGUAGGUGCGCAGAGGCGGGUGAGGGUGGAGGAUAUGGUGGUGAUCUCUGGCGCGGACAUGUGGGGUGUAGACGAGGUGUUCGACGAAGUGGCGUAGUGAAGAAGAGCAUCGAGAAUGGGCGGCUGGAGUGGGAUUGUGGAGGUGGGCGUGAGGGAGGAGUUGGGGAGGGUUUGUGGGAUGGUGGUGUUUAUGAGAGUGAGAGUGAAUGCGAGGGUGAAGAAGGUGAAGAAGAAGAGCAGCCAUAG